GUUCCUCUGGCCAAGAAAUAUAUGUUUUCAAAUCAAAUAGUUUAUAAAAGGGCUCAAAUUGUCGAGAUUUUGGAAAUUGGAUACAAGAAUGUCCUGCGGGUUUCUUGCUUGUGACUCAAUGGCAUUGCAAUGAGGCAACAGAAGUUCAUAACGGAGAAUUUGUUGAAGCGAUUGUUUACUUAAAUCCCAUUUUGCCUGGGAUCAUUUGCCAUCUUAGUAUUAAAAUGUGAAUGCUUACAGUCAAAAUGACUGGUUCACUUUAUGCUCUUUGAGUUGAUACUCAAAGGUAUCACCUAUUUACCUUCCUACUCUCGUAAGAUAGAACAAAACUGUCGUUUCAGAAACACUCGGCUGCAAUGAAUUGUAUUUAUUUUUCAGAUUUGGAGGGCAUCUUCCAAUACUAUGGCAGCAAGAAAACUCAACGAUUACCAGUUUACCGUAGACCAAAGGGCUUUCAGAUUCAACUAAGAUUCUCCACUGAAACUUGCAGGGGGCAAUUGGUGGAGAUAACGAGUGAGGACACCAAUCAUUUCUUGCAUAUCGCGCUUCCCGGCAUAGGCCCUAUUCGAAUGUCAUACAGUACCUUUUACGGUAAGAACCAUUCUGUGUCAUUAAAAGGAGAAGUCUGCGAUGGCAAGAGGCACUUUCUUUGGAUCGGCGUCAUCUUUUCUCGUGUUUCAUACCGUGUAGACAAAGUUCCUCCAGUAAGGUUUCGCGCGGCAUUCUUAAGACGACCGUUUCAGUCGCCACCAAACAUAGUUUUUGGCAAAGGGCUUAAGGGAUGUGUUUCUGGUUCCAUAUUUGUCUUUCACCACACUGAAACCCGCGGAUACCGUGUAGGAACGUCGUCUGGUUGUUCUAUGAAUAGUAAGUACCAUGGGACUCUUUUAAUCAGUAGAUUAGAACAGAAGCAUACACCGAUAGGAGCACGUGUUUUAAACUUAAAUAUAUUGUUAAAUCAAUCGGCAGAAUAAAGUGCAAAUGAGUGGUGAACAAUUUUGGAAACAUUUUGUUCUGUAAGCUCAUUAAAUAAUUCAAUUAUAUAAGGUUUGAAACAUACUACAUCAUGUUUGAAUUUAACAAUGAAAUCGGACGAGAAAUUACAAAGCAAACUAGGAAGCUAAAUUAACCAGUUGGUAUCUUGUUAACUCUCUGAGAAGAGAAGUCGUUGUAUCUUAUUAUUUACGGGUAGAAAUGCAGGAAGUGGGUAUUUCACUGAAUCGCUUGUUUGUUUUCCUUCUCUUGAUAAAGGUAAACAGUACGGCGUAUUAAAUUACAUACUGUAAGAGACGAAUUUGCUUUUCGAUGUGAAUCAGUCAAAUUGAUAUAAGCCAAAUGGUAAGAAUUCGUGACACUGAACGCUGCUGGAGAUGCUGCCCCUUUGAGAUUAAUAUUCUUUUGUUCAAUUACAAUGUGAAAGGAACUUGAAGUAUAUUGCAUUUAAAAGGCUGUCUUUCCACAUCCUUAUCUCAAUUUGAGCAACCUAUUUCAGUAAGAAGAUUAAAUUUUACGGGCUUCCUCAUGAAACGUGUGGGAUGGUUUCAGCGUCCUUUACAUUUUCGUUUGUGAUCGUCACAUAUGGUGAAUACGACAAAAUAACGACUGCAUCAUACCAGCUUUUGACAAAGCGGGUACGAGGGACAAAUUCUCGAUUAAACAUGUAUCUAAAUAAAAGUGACCUCUCAUAUCCGUUAUUCUCAAUAAGCUUCCCUUAGCACUCAGUCUGGAAGAUAAACAAUCCGGUUCUAUCAAAACGAAAGAGGAUGUCAUAUGUCGGCUUUCAGCAUUCUUUUCAUCUAAAUAAAUUGAAAUUGUCUCGAAAAGCGAUGGCGUUCAGUCGAUUCUCACCAAGUCAAAAUAAAGCACUCAGGCAUCUCGCAGAAACUUCCUCGGAGCCAUUCCGUAUGGCAAUCGUUUGAAACUCUUGGAUCCCCCAAAACAGCAAACCUGUUUGGAACCUUUUUACAGCCUAUUUUAUGAAGUCGCUACCUUUAAAUCCCUAUAAAUAAUUGUUUGGAUUACGACUCCUACUCCUUUUUGCGAGAUAGCCAGAUGUGUUUCUGUACGUGUUUGAUUUUCCUGACCUCGACCUCGACUUUGCAUGGUUUACUUAGUUCAUUGUAUAACCCCAUUUUAAUUGGCAAAAAUUCAGUUCAUAAAAGCAGUUACCGGUUUUCCUUGAUGAGUGUAAGUUUUGUGUAUCUUUUACUCGGACGUGUCUAAUCCAGCUUUGCACGCCUGUGGAGCAAAAGGAUUAAGGGAAGUCGUUAUAAUAAAUGAGUAAAUUUCGGCAAGUUUUCAGACAAACGCACUGAAGGUUAGCAUCUGACUAGUUUUAAAUGUUCAGCUUCAGAGGGAGUAAAUGUUACAGUGGAUCAAAAUAAUGCCCACAUCCAAGUUCCUCAUUCAAUGCGAAUCGUUUUAGUGAAGACGACAUAUUUUACUCCAUGAGUGCCUUACGAAAUAGAUUAACUCAUUUACGAGAAAGUUAAAGGAAAUGAAUUUGUAUGCUGUUUGUAUUGUAAUAGUGUAGUUUGAUCGACCGGGUGAGUGUAGUCCUGAGAAGGACUGUUGUCGGUAGUGGUGACUGACGUUUUGACAACCUGAGCGGAAGUCAUCUUCAGAUUCAAGUGAAUAGUUGUUGUCAGUCGAAUGGUCAGUUUUGCCGUGAUGUUAUUGGCUGUAAGACUCAAGUAGCUUAGGUCGGUCGGUCUCGAUCCGCUAGUGAAGUUAUGUCGUUCUGUUCGGUUCGUUUGUAAUGUUAAUGUCGUAGAUGAGUCUUUUGUAUGGUGCCGGUAGUGGUUGAUACCUGCUGAGUCUGUUCCAAGUUGGUAAACCAGCUUUCCAGGGUUAUUCGUUGAAAGUAGUUGGUGCUGUAGGUUAGGCAUUGCGCAGAGUCCCAGUCAAUAGUGUGGUUCGUAAGUCGGUGAUAUUCAGCAAUGUGAUUGUUGACAUCGCGUUUCCUCUUCGCUCGUUUGUGCUCAGUCAAUCUAGUUGUGAGGUUUUUGCCGGUCUCACCGAUGUAGGAGGCGCGGCAGUCGGAGCAACUGAUCUUAUACACUUCUCCCUUUCUGUUUCUCGGGUCGUCUUUGUCUUUGACGUUAGUCAGUAAUUGACGUAGUAUGGUAUAAGGUUUGUGAGCGACGCAGUUAUUGAAUGGUUGUAGGAUGUGCGAGAUUUUCUCAGAUAUGCCCUUUGUGUACGGUAUAGUUGCUGUAGUCGAAGGAGUUGCGUUGUCGUUAGCUUCGGUUGUAGUAGCAGGUCGGUGAGUGUUACAUUGGAUGAAGUCUUCGUUGUAGUUGUUUUCAAGGUACUUGUUCUCGUCGGAUAAGCUGUCUGUCGUGUUACAUACUAGUUGCGCUCGUCGCGUAAGAGUCCUGAGAGAUGUGGCUUUGUGUGAUGUCGGGUUGUAGGAUGAUUUGUCAAGGGUGGUGGUGGAAUGCGUCAAUUCAGUCGUGUCGUACGGCGGUGAAAGUAUCGUCAACGCAGCGUAACCAGAGCGGUAUUGUUUGACGGCAAGUCGAAAGGGCGCUUUCUUUAAUGUUCUGCAUCACAACUUCUGCUACAAUUUCUGCUCGUAGUCGUCAGGUAUCUCUACAGUCUUAGAGGCGUUAAUGAAGUCCUCGGUGGAUUGUAGGUUACGUCUGGAUUUGUCGGUGAGCGGUUGUAGUAUUGUCGUCAGGUACUUGGACAGUUGGUAUGUCGGAAAACCACAGAAAGAAACAGUAGGUCGCAUUGGGAAACCACUGAGGUUUGUGUAGUUUCGUCAGACCGUAAAGUUUCGGUGGCUGUCGUACUGAGCACCUUAGUCGGUAGUAGCGUUGGGUGUCAAUGGCGUUUGUCUUCUUGAGCGUCAGUAAUGUGAUGCUGAGUUUGCGUUGAAGCGUAGGAGUUGGGUCACGUUUGAGCUCUUUGUAGGUUUGUUUGUCGUUAACUGGUGCGUCUAUUUUGUUGUGAUAGGCAGUCUUGUCCAUGACAACAGCAACUCGUUGUUUGUCGGCUGGUAGAAUAACUAUGUCCUCGUCGUUUUUCAGUCGUUUAAGAGGAUGUUGUUCGGCUUUAGUCAAUUUGCUGCCAUGUAGUGACGCUGAUUGUAUAGUGGAAGCAAUUCUACUUCCGAUGUUAUCCUUACUAGACUCAGAUAGCUCUCGUUACCGAGCCAGAGCCGCCUCAACAGUAGACACAAUAGCCUUGGUCGGUGUUCGUUUCGGUGUAACUGAGUGUUUCAGUCCGUAUGACAGUACGCGAGUUUCAUUCUUGUCUAAGAGACGGGAAGAGAUAUUCCUUACCUAGUUGUCGUCCGGUUUACUUCGUCGCUGUUCUUUGUUGCUUAGAAGUCGUGUCAGUUUCUGUUGAUGUCCAGUACGGGCACGUUCAGUUGCUUUGUUGGCUCGUUUGUCGGCAAUAGUCGUAACAGUGUCAAGUAAUCAAACUACACUAUUACAUGUCACCCCCGGGUUCAAACUAUUUACUGUGCUGCUUGUAUUGUUUACUAUUUAGUGGUUUUAUCCUAUUUCGGAUCUAAUGGUAAGUAGCGGGGCAACAAAAAAGGCGGCUUGUUUUACUAUGUAACGACUUAAACUUUACUCUUAAAAAAGCUUUAUUUUAUGUUAAGUAUAUAAUAAGCUUGCGAUGAACACGGAUUAAAAAUCGGUUGACACGAAAAGCGAAGUUAUGAGCUUUUAUGGUAGUUGCGCCAACAGUUGAACACGAUUAAGAUUUUCGGCUCACAUUACUGCCUAGUCUGACAUUAGCGAGAUUAUCAAAAUAAGAACAUUUCAGAGAAGUUUACGCACGCUAAAAAAACUCAAUGCGAGCUAAUAACGAAAUACACUCGCUUUAAAUGACAUACCUAUUCAAAACUUCCACCGACGGUGACCGAAUACGGUAUUCUUGUAAAGGAACCAAACUCCUAUUUUACAUGGUGUAGAAAGUCAGUCAUCCUGGAUAUUAUCUCCCCUUUUCAGUCGGAAACAUUUGCGUGAAAGUCAUUUUUUCUAACGAUGGUCAAAGCACUUUGCUGCAAAGUCUCGUCACAUUCCCUUUAAUUUGUAUAAUGCAUUAUGCGGCCUUUAUGAAGAGAUACUGGGAUGAUAUCAUGAAGCUAUUUUUGUACACCAAGUCUCCACCAAUGUCUCCCUCAAUGUAAAUCAUUAACUCAGUGGCCCUAUUAAAUUUAAAAACCUUUCUCAUAAUAUUAUAUUUUACUAUUCCCCCCUUCCUCAGCUAAAAUUUCUGCAUUUCUAAUUUCUUAACGACCAAAGCAUGCGCUGAUUGCAAGAAGAUGGGAAAAUAGCUGAGGUAAAAGAUACACGCAGCGUUUAUGUUGGAGAACGUUAAAUUGAAAAGUGUUCCUCAGCUACUGACUACAACAAACCAGAGUCGAGCCAAAUUCUUUUAUUCAUCGACCUUUUUUUGCAGAGAGUUGCAGCGAUGAGCUUGGAAUGCAAAAUAAACGAAUUGCAAACGAGAGAAUUACAGCAUCAUCUUCAAAAAGUACAGACAACUCCCCUCACUUUGCACGUUUGGACGGCUCAAAGGCCUGGUGCUCUGCGCUAUGUGACAAAUUGCCAUAUGUACAAAUCCAGCUGGAAGAACCAAAGAUUAUUACUGAAAUAAUAACCCAAGGAAGUUCUUCUGAUCGGGCAUGGGCGACAAAAUAUGAAGUCAGGUUUCUGGAAAAUGGAAAGUGGAAAGAAUAUAAUGAGGUUCUUAGAGUUUUAUAUAAUUAGCUUCUUAUAUUUGAUUUUUGUUCUUUGGUUUACCGGAUUGUAUCAAGGGGGCUGAUCUAACAUACCCUUCUUUUUAUACUCUCAAGUUCGAGAGGAAAUGUGAAAUUUACUUAAAACAUCUUUUAAAAGCUAGCAAGUUAGUGCUAGUAUUAUAUAAGAUGUAUGUAUCACGAACCCUCAAAAAAAAUUGCGAAUGUUUCACGAUCCUUCAAGCUUGGAAAAUGUUGCUUUGUCGCGGGUUUGAGAGAAAUGAAAAGCUCCAGACAUAAAUUAAAAAGAGCCUUCAAAGUGCACUGUCUGCACCCAUAAACCCUUUAAGAGAGGUUGUCAGUAAUUUUCAAGAGUCCGGCGACAGAAGCAACAAUUCAACUUUUUUUUUUUUAUUUGCUCCAAAAUACCCUUUUGGUGAACUGUUUUCAAAAAUAAUUUUCAAAAGUUCCAGCGAGUUUUUAUUUUGGCAAAAAAUAAGAAAGUUCGAAAUCGGCCAAAGCGUACCAAAUUUGCAUAAUUUAUAUCUGGCUUUUAGUGCAUUUUCACAACGCUCGUACAAGACAACGAAAAUUUAUCUUAGAUUAAUUUUUUUAUACGUUGUUUUUCAUCCCUUGGAGUAUCUUUGCAACUAUAUUUUAUCUCCAACAAAACUUUCUUUCGUUUGUAACCACCCGAGUAAAGUUCACUAUAUUUGCUACUCCGUUUGUACGCUGAAUUUUGCCAUAUCUGUUUGUAAAAAUUGUCGAAGAAAUCCGAGAAAUGAUUUGAAAAUGUAAACAGCGAUUUGUUUAUUUAGCACUCGAAAUAUGGCAAAAUUCAGCGUACAAACGGAGUAGCAAAUAUAGUGUACUUUACGCGGGUGGUUACAAACGAAAGAAAACAUUUCCGUGUAAUUGAGUUUCAAGAAUUUGGUGUUUGAUCAAGAUAUCAUCUUCUACCAGAUUAGCUUGAGCAUUCUCACAACCUGUUUGCUGGAUAACGAGUAGACAUUUCGAAAGAAAAGUAUAAUCAUUUGCCUCACAAUGCGGACACUGCAGAUGAAGAUUACGACGUUUCAACAGCACACUGCUAAUCUUCUUCAGACGAUAAGGUCAAUUGAGUAUGCUCCACCCAUAAACUGUUGUGCUCAGCUGGGACUGGAUGGAAUUCCACGACUGUGUUUGGUGGAUCUUUGGAUCAGGUUCGCUCAGCGGGCGGUGUCCGGUAUCGUGGGUAUGCUCUAAAACGGCCGAUGCAGGGAGAAGUUACAAGUUUAUGACUUCUGAGAGUUAAAUAUAAAUCAUACGUGAAUCUAGGGCGUUGAGACACAAUGUAAUACUACGCAAUUAACUCAUGUUGCAAAUGCGGCGACUUUUCAACGUUUGAAAUAAUUAAAAAAUAUAUUUUCUUUAAUUGAUAAAUGCCUCACGCUACGGUUGCCAUACUAACCCAGUUAAUUACGUCUGUUUGCGACGCUGAGAGACCUCAUGUUUCUGGUUGAGAAAAAUAUAAAGUUACCAGAAUGGCAGGCACUCCAUGCACUCCAUGGCCACAACAUGUUAGAGAGGGCUCUAAUUUCAUUACAGGCACACGUCAUUAUGGUAUAUUAUGUGGGGCACAUCAAUAGUUUUUCUGCCCGUGACGCGCCAUGAUGAAUCACCUGGCCUUAUAUACUAUUGCGUCAUUUGUGUUGACCUUAUUUUGAAGGAUCUUCAUGUCAGCCUCCAAUUUCUCCUUACGGUUCGACCAUCAUUUAUCCUGCACAGCGAGGAAACCACAAAAAUGGCAGCGUGGUUGUCUUUGGUUGUAAACAAGGCUUGUACCUCACUGGGCUACCAAUAAUAAAAUGCAAUGGGAACACUUGGACAGCAGUGAAUUUCAAGUGCUUGCUAAGUAAGAACUGUUUUCUAUUUUUUUCAUCGAACGAUGCGAAUAGUUGAAGUAUCAGUAAGUAUCAAUGCUGAUAGUUGAAGUAUCAGUAAACGUAAAGCGAUCGACUAUACUAGCGCUGGAGUGGAGGAACAGUUCUUUGUUUAAGACAUUGUUGAUAUAUACAUGUCAGAGCAACGAGAAGAGAAACUUGCUUAGUUCACGCUCGGAAUCCCAUUCUUAGCUCGUUCAUUGUUUUUUUGCUCUAUCUUUGACCAUUGAAAAAUUUGACCAAUCUUUUAAUAGAAUGGUAAAAAAUUUCGACCCUGUUACAGGGGAAUAAAAAAAAAGUAAAUAUUUAGAACAUCGGUGGCUCGAUAAUAAACAGCUGUGUUUCUAUCGUUGCUGUCUAAGAUUUUUAGCCCCUUGAUGUUCAUGUUGUUUGGUUUUUUAUUUAUUUGUAACAAAAACAAUAGUAUUUGAAACAAACAUACGAUUUUGCGGUCGCACGUAAUCGAACAACAUGAUUAUGCUGACCAGAGAAAAGGCUGAUUCAGUUCAAGAAUGUCUUGCAUGAUCUGGUAUAGACACCGGUAGAUCUGUUUUCGGUAGAUAGAGCUGGGAAAAAUUGCUGGUUCAACCACCCCUUCCUCCACUCUCCGUCCUCCACCAGCGUUAUGAAAAAUAAGAUAGAUUAGUUUAUCCCUGUUGAUAGUCAUUGACUUAAUUGAAACUGCACCUGCGCGCUGGAAACUCAUACGGUCAAAUUUAAAGGUGCCGUGAUACCAUACAUUUUUUUUCCACGUUUAGAGUGCAACGAGGCCCUGGAUAUCCACAGGCGCUCCAUUGGAUCCAUACACAGUACACUGAAUACUCUUUCAAUUGAGAUACACCUCAGAAAGGGAAACGUUAUUACAGCGGCAAGUGUCCACCUGGAGGAUAUCAGAAGUGACUAUGAACAGAUUCAAAUAAGAGCACGUAUUUCCAACAAAUUGGUACAAAUUAAUCAUUUUAAGGUAACAAAUUGCUUACAGAUCCUAAUUUCAAUGAUUAUAUUCACAUCAUCAUUGUUGGUUUCCCUUGGUUAUGAGUCAUAUUGGCUUCUUUGAUAAGGCAUCGAAAUAUAAACUUUGAUUCAACCGCUGACCAUAGAAAGAGACGGAGUUGCUGUUUCUGUCUAAUUUCUGAUUCUUAGACACAAACUGCUUGCAUCCAAUGUCGCACCAGUUUUGAGAACUGGAAUAAAGAUUGAUUCAGCGACACAUGAAAAAUUGAUUUCGAAAAGCAUAGUCACAAUUUUCUUUUACAAAUAAAAUUUGAUUUUGUUUCAGCCACGUGUCGGUGAGGAAGAGGAAAAAUUGAAACUUUCUCGACCAGUUAUCACUCAGUCUUUGCAAAUUUGGCUUAUUUUUCGAAAGGGUUAUAACUUUUCAAUGUCAAGAACUCCAAGAGUGUUUGGUUGUAAGUCUGCAGUUUUUCGAGGUAAGAAUUUAUAUCCUAGAUAACUUGAUAUUCUUGUUCUCUCUAUCUAGAUCAGCAUCCAUACUAUUUUGAAAUAGAGCGUAUUUGAAUUAAUGUAGAAACCAUGCACCCUUUCAUCGAAGCCUAACAGCAUCGAUUGUUGUGUGACGUAUGAUAUCCUCUGAUAAGAAAGCUCUCAGGGUACUAGGAACUACUGGCUCAGCUUCAGUAUCUCCCAUUUGCAUACAGUAAAUAUUUGUAUGAGUCGUUAUUUCGAAUCAUGUACUAUGUAUUUAUCACUCUUAGGUUGCAUUAUGUCAGGCUCCGCAGUCCUCUUCAGGGAAGGAAAGAGUUAUUUAAAAGGGCGUUUCGUUUCUAUCGCACUCCAUUCGCUGUGGGAAGUUCUUUAUGGAGACAAAUAUUUAUACAAAAGCAAGGAUGAAGUACUUCUUGAUGAGAAGCCAAACUUGGACGAAAUACCUGAAGGAACUGCAGUAGUUGGGGAAGAUCCGAGAGGGAACUUAAGAGAGGGAAAAAUAAAACGAGUAUGUAGUUCAAUUCAAUGUGCUAUUGAAACUGACGGUGAAGAAUGGCAGAGCAAGUUAGAGAACGUGCGAGUCUUUAGAAAAGAACUGUGUGAAAAUCAUGUGAUGACCUAAAAUACGAACAGUUAUUUGUCAUCGCCUGGGGUGAAGAAUUUUGAAGGGAACACAUGGUUUUCGGGGGGAGGGGGGGAACGGAGGGGAGAUCAGUCGUCACCAUCAUAAUAUAAAGGAGGAACUCUAGAAAAUUGAUUGCUAAUUAACUGCCUACGAGGAGCCAUCUUAAAAUAUUACUGAGCGUGCCUUAUAAGGAGAUAAUUGCAUUUACAUUCGGUGGAACUUAUCCGUAAGUGACAGUGGCAGAGGAUGUAAAUAGUUUCCUGUUAACAUGAACACACGCGUGUCGGUAUGGCGCUUGUUGAAAUUUUUGUACCAGCUACAGUUCAGCCGACACUUAUACAUUUGUCGUUUCUUAAUUGUGUAUAGAAAGAAGGAAGGU